AUGAAAUUUUUAAGCUUAUUUUCAACGAUCUUUAUAGUACUUAUUACAAGAGUUUUGGGCUCUGAAGUAAUAUCAUUAGAAGCUUCUACUUUUAAUCAAACUAUUUCUAAAGGAAAUUGGUUUGUUGAUUUCUUUGCACCAUGGUGCCCUCAUUGUCAGGUUCUGGAGCCAAUAUUUUCGAAAUUGGCUGCUGAACAUGGUGAUUCUUUUGAAUCAAAGGAUUUUCACUUAGCCAAAGUAGAUUAUUUGUGUGAAUUGCAUGAAGUAGAAGGUUAUCCCACAUUGAACUUAUAUAAAAAUGGUGUUAAAAUAGAUGGAUAUCUUCGAGCCAGAGAUUUUAAUUCUUUGUUAGAAUAUGCAAAGACAAAAUCUGAGGAGGAAUAUGAUUCCAAACCUUCUAAUGAUAAUACUGAUGUAGCGAUAGCACCUGAAGAGGUGGAUAUUCCUGAUGUUGAUUUAUCUCCACCAAAUCCAUCUGGCUCUGUUGUAUCUUUGACUAGUAUCAAUUUCGAUGAUUUAACAAAAUCUGGUCCUUGGUUUGUAAAAUUUUUUGCUCCAUGGUGUGGUCAUUGUAAAAACUUGGCUCCUACUUGGGAAGAAUUGGGUCAUAAUUUACAGAAUAAAGUUAAUGUUGGAAAAGUGGAUUGUACAACUGAGAAAGGAUCAAGGCAAUUACAAAGCCUUCAAGAAUUCGUUGAGCAAGUUGCAUCUGCCCGUUUAGUAGAUAUAACUUUGGAUGAUUUUGAUAAAGCCAAAAAGAUCGAUGAUAAUAUUAUGAAAGGAUUAUCUCGUUCUUUCUUUUCGGUUAAAUUCUAUUCUAGCAAAGAUCCUAAACUUGCUACCUCGCUAAAAGUUUAUACUCUUCCAUCUUUAAUAGUCAUAAAGGAUGAUCUCCAAAACAGUUACACUUCCUUAAAUUCUGUUGAUCCUUUCGAUGAUAUUGUACCUUUAAAAACUUGGGUUCAAUCGGAAAAAUAUCCAUUAGUACCUGCCAUAGAUUCGGAAAAUUAUGAAGAUAUAUUGAGUGGUGAUAGAUUAGUGGUUUUAGGUGUAUUGAGACCAACUGAUGUUAGACCCUUCAUUAAAGCUAAAAAUACUUUAAAAGCUGUAGCAAAACUUUAUCAUCAACAAACUAAAAAACGUGGAAGUUCUGAAGACAAUCGUGGUGUACUAUUUGCGUGGUUGGAUGGUGACAAAUGGGAAAAUUAUAUUUAUAGUAUUUAUGGUUUAAGUAAGAAGGAUUUACCAACCGUUAUAAUUUCUGAUCCUCUGUCUAGUGAAUAUUUUGAUACCUCAAAAAGCGGUGACAAACUCACAUUAAGCCAUCAAGCACGAUUACUUGAAUCUAUUAACGACGCAAAACUCGGUAAUCUUGAAGGAAAGAGUACAAUUGGAUUUACGGAAAAGAUGUUUAGAGGUAUAUUUUCAAUGGGCUCUGAAAUUCAGAAAACAUUUGCUUAUCACCCAUUACUCUCUCUGGUAUGUUUGGUAUUGAUAUUUGGUAUAUUUUGGAGGAGUUGUUUAAUGCCGCAAACGCGGGAUGGUCGCUGGCGAGACUUUGAACGAGGAUAUGAUAAAUUUGAAUAA